AUGGGCAGCCCCCGCUCCGCGCUGAGCUGCCUGCUGUUGCACUUGCUGGUUCUCUGCCUCCAAGCCCAGGUAAGGAGCGCUGCGCAGAGGCGGGGGCCGGGCGCGGGGGACCCGGCUGACACUGUCGGGCAGGGACACGAGGACCGACCCUUCGGCCAGCGCAGCAGGGCUGGAAAGAACCUUACAAAUCCAGCCCCAAACUACCCCGAGGAGGGAUCUAAGGAACAGAGAGACAGUGUCCUGCCUAAAGUCACACAGCGAGAAGGCCCGGGCGGGGGGCCUGCGCUGGGCAGGGAGCCCGCUUCCCUGCUCCGAGCUGGCCGGGAGCCCCAGGGUGUUUCCCAACAGCAUGUGAGGGAGCAGAGCCUGGUGACGGAUCAGCUCAGCCGCCGCCUCAUCCGGACCUACCAGCUCUACAGCCGCACCAGCGGGAAGCACGUGCAGGUCCUGGCCAACAAGCGCAUCAACGCCAUGGCAGAAGAUGGAGACCCCUUCGCAAAGCUCAUUGUGGAAACUGACACUUUUGGGAGCAGAGUUCGAGUCCGUGGAGCUGAGACGGGACUCUAUAUCUGCAUGAACAAGAAGGGGAAGCUCAUUGCCAAGAGCAACGGCAAAGGCAAGGACUGCGUGUUCACCGAGAUCGUGCUGGAGAACAACUACACUGCGCUGCAGAACGCCAAGUACGAGGGCUGGUACAUGGCCUUUACCCGCAAGGGCCGGCCCCGCAAGGGCUCCAAGACGCGCCAGCACCAGCGCGAGGUGCACUUCAUGAAGCGGCUGCCGCGGGGCCACCACACCACCGAGCAGAGUCUCCGCUUCGAGUUCCUCAACUACCCGCCCUUCACGCGCAGCCUGCGGGGCAGCCAGAGGACUUGGGCCCCGGAGCCCCGAUAG